AGGAGUACCCAAGACAUGGAGUAUGAAAGACGCAGUGGCCGUGGAGACAGAACUGGCCGAUAUGGUGCCUCUGACUGCUCGCAAGAUGAGGGAGUAGAAAGUCGAAGUCUUGGAGACCAUGAUUAUCGAGACAUGGAUUACCGUUCCUACCCCGGUGACUUCAACAGACAGGAGCUAAAACAUAGUUAUGACUCAUCUGAGAAACAGAGUGUAGAGGAAUCUUACAAGGCUUCUUCAGUUUCUGAAACACAGCGUAAGUGGGACAGCCCUCCUGAGCCCCUUGGUUUCCUUGGAGAUGGUAACUACCAAGACCAGGAUUAUCGGACAGAGCAAGCGGAGGAGGAAGAAAAGGCCAGUAACAUCAUCAUGCUGAGGAUGCUGCCACAGGCAGCUACUGAAAAUGACAUCCAAGUACAACUUCAGGCUCGUGGGAUACAGGCUCAGGAAGUACGCCUGAUGCGAAACAAAUCAUCUGGUCAGAGCCGAGGCUUCGCCUUCGUUGAAUUUAAUCAUUUGCAGGAUGCUACACGAUGGAUGGAAACUAAUCAGCAUUCCCUCAACAUCCUGGGUCAGAAGGUUUCCAUGCACUACAGUGAACCCAAGCCUAAAAUUAAUGAGGAUUGGCUUUGCAACAAGUGUGGAGUCCAAAACUUCAAACGCCGGGAAAAAUGUUUCAAAUGUGGUGUGUCCAAGUUAGAGGCUGAACAGAAGCUACCAGUAGGCAUACAGCUGGACCAGAAGCUAGUGCCUUUGGGUGGCCGAGAACUGAGCCAGGGCCUGCUACCUCUACCGCAGUCAUACCAGACCCAGAGUAUACUUGCCUCUCAAGUUCUGGCUCAGGGCUCUGAGCCCAAUUCUGAGAAUGCUAAUGACACCAUUAUCUUACGCAACCUGAAUCCUCACAGCACCAUGGACUCAAUCCUAGGGGCUCUGGCACCCUAUGCUGUACUGUCUUCUUCCAAUAUCCGAGUCAUCAAAGAUAAACAGACACAGCUGAAUCGAGGCUUUGCCUUCAUCCAGUUAUCCACCAUCGUGGAGGCUGCUCAGCUUCUUCAGAUUCUCCAGGCUCUGCACCCCCCCCUCACUAUUGAUGGCAAGACAAUUAAUGUGGAAUUUGCUAAAGGUUCCAAGAGAGACGUAUCCUCCACUGAUGGAAACCGUAUUAAUGCUGCUUCUGUAGCCAGUACAGCAAUUGCUGCUGCUCAGUGGGCAAUCUCACAGACAUCUCAGGGAGGGCAGAGAAACUGGAUGGCUUCAAAGGAGCCGGUGGCCAACUACAGCUACUGUCAGCGUGAUGAAGGCUAUUGUGGCCCAAGAAGUGAAGCUACUCUUUACCUUAAAAGUUCCAAGACUGUGUGUGUAGCAAGUAGCAAAGGGGAUUUGGCUGGAGUAGGCUCUGAGACUUCCUUGGAGCCUGGCAUACCUGGUGUAGACUCCAUGCCAGUCAUCCACACCUUCCACGAUGCCCAACCUAGUGUUUAUCAGCAGUCGGGUACUGAGAUGGGCAGUGCCCAGAGCACAGUGAGCAAUAGCCAGGCGCAGUCGUACACAAUUAUGGCCCCAGCCAUUUUGAAGACAGAGCUUCUGAGCUCAGCUCAGCUUAACUCUGCGUCAUCAGCUGCCACCAGCCUCUCUGUUCAGGAUUCUUAUGGCCAGUACCCUGUCCCAGAUGUUUCCACCUACCAAUAUGAUGAGACUUCAGGCUACUAUUAUGAUCCUCAGACUGGGCUCUACUAUGAUGCCAACUCUCAGUACUAUUACAAUGCCCAAAGUCAGCAGUAUAUGUACUGGGAUGGACAACGACACACUUAUGUGCCUGCUCUAGAGCAAGCAGCUGGUGAGCAAAAGGAUACAGGCAUCAUCUUGAAAGAAGUCAAAGAGAAGAAGGAGAAGCAUAAGACCAAGACAGCACAACAGAUUGCUAAGGAUAUGGAACGUUGGGCCCGCAGCCUCAAUAAGCAGAAGGAAAACUUCAAAAAUAGCUUCCAGCCCAUUAGUGCUCUGCGGGAGGAUGAGCGGCGUGAGUCAGCUACAGCUGAUGCUGGUUAUGCCAUCCUUGAGAAGAAGGGGGCACUGGCUGAGAGGCAGCGUGCCACCAUGAACCUCCCAAAACUUACCAGUGAUGAGCGCCUGAGUCCACAGCGAGGUCUAGUGGCUGCAUACAGUGGGGAAAGUGACAGUGAGGAGGAACUUGAGCGGAGUACUGAAAAGGAGGAGAAACUCACAGAUUGGCAGAAGCUGGCUUGCCUUCUUUGCCGACGCCAGUUCCCUAGUAAGGAGGCCCUAAUCCGCCAUCAGCAACUUUCUGGACUACAUAAGCAAAACCUAGAGAUUCAUCGACGUACCCACCUGUCUGAAAAUGAACUAGAGGCAUUGGAGAAAAAUGAAAUGGAGAUGAAAUAUCGGGACCGAGCAGCAGAACGUCGAGAAAAGUAUGGCAUUCCUGAGCCUCCACAGCCCAAAAAGAGGAAACUUGGAACCUUGGCUGCCACUUCUUUGGGCCUUGAACGAUCAGCUCAGGAUGGACUGAGUAGCUAUAGCAUUGGUAGUCGCAUGCUACAAGCCAUGGGGUGGAAAGAAGGCAGUGGGCUAGGCCGUAAGAAACAGGGCAUCACCACCCCCAUUGAGGCCCAGACAAGGGUGAGGGGUUCUGGUCUAGGUUCUCGGGGCAGCUCCUACAACAUCACCUCGUCUGAAUCAUAUAAGAGAACUCUGCACAAGACCAUGCUGACCCGCUUCAGUGAGGCUGAGUGA